AUGUCCUCCUUUAAAUCGAUACACGACAAGCAGUUGGCCCCUUCAAAGGUCGCAACUUCAGUCCUCAGGGCAUGGAAACACCUCAAAGAAGUAACUGUAGUCCAACUUCAAAGAGAUGCAGUUUAUUUCCUCCACACAUUAUUCCUCUUUACGCGAUCGGACUGGAAAACGAUGAUGUUCCCUGUGUCGACAUUCGCGGUUGUCGCCGGACCUAUAUCGUCGUUUGAACGUUAUCUGACGCUAUUGCUUUGGAUCUGGACAACACUCCUUCAGUUCAACUGUGCCAACCAGGCAUACAGUGGACAUGAGGAUCGCAUAAACAAACCUUGGAGACCAGUCCCUGCAGGACGCAUAACUUCAGAGAACACAAUGAGGCUACGUUGGAUAAUGUUCGCCAUAAACGUCGCGUUUUCGUAUUCCAUGGGGCAGAGCGUACUCUACACCACACUAUUCUUGACAAUCGCCGAAUAUCUUUACAAUGAUAUGAAAUUCAGCGAAAAUCCUUUCCUCAAGAACAUGUGUAAUGUGUUCGGCUAUGGUGGAUUCGAGCUUGGAGCGACACUCAUUGCUUCACCACACUUUGAAUUGGAUGAUAUUGCAAUUCACGCACUCAUCCUCAGCUGCGCACUUAUAUUCACCACCAUCCAUGCACAAGACUUCCCCGACUGCGAAGGAGACCGUCAAGCGGGAAGGAAGACUCUGCCAAUCCUGUUCCCUGAAGGAGCUCGGGUUUACAUCUCCGCAAUUCUUGUUGCCUGGUCAAUAGCACUAGCUUGGUACUGGAACAUUGGAUUGGUGUGUAGCGGAGCUUUCACUGCUGCGGGUACAUUCAUCGCAUGGCGGUUCUUCGUGAAACGGGAUUUGGCGUCCGACGAAAGCACAUAUUUGAUCUAUAAUGGAUGGCUUUUGACCGCCGUAACGCUACCAAUAAACCAACGUCUCAGCAUUCUCUCCUUCUAA